AUGGAUAUUACACAUGCCUUAUCACAACAGGAGAUGCACCUCAUCCAGGGCACGAAAUGCCCCCAAACCAGCUAUAGGUGUCAAUGGGCAUGUGACAGGGCGGACAAGGCCCUAAGCCCAGAAAGAGCCAUAGCUAAGUCCUCCAGGAGGCUAGAGAGGCUGUGGAGGAACUGGCCAAUCAGGGCCCAGGAAGGCCUACAAAAGGAGCAGCAGCAGUUGGUGUGGGGGCAGAGCUUGAGCUUAUCAGGCAACAGAUUAUCUCCCUCCAGCUUUGGAAGGAGCACCUUCUGCACAAUCAUUGCUCAGCUGACGGAGGAGACCCAGCCGCAGUUUGAAACGACCCUCAAAUCUCGCGCCGUGUCUGAGGACUCUGAUGCCAAAUUCACGUGCAUAGUGACAGGGUACCCCCAGCCAGAAGUGACCUGGUAUAAGGAUGAUGAGGAGAUGGACCGAUACUGCGGCUUACCAAAGUAUCAGAUAUUCCGCCAUGGAAACCGUCACACCCUGCAGCUAUACAGGUGCAGAGAAGAUGAUGCGGCUAUUUACCAGGCCUCUGCUAGCAACACCAAAGGCAUCGUAUCCUGUUCCGGUGUCCUGGAAGUGGGAACCAUGACGGAGUAUAAAAUACACCAGAGGUGGUUUGCCAAGCUCAAGCAAAAGGCAGAAGCCAAACUGCGUGAAAUAGAGCAGAGCAGAAAACGAGGGAAAGAAAACAUGGUGGUGGAGACUCUGAGGAGAAUAAGCCCUGAGAGGUUCCAGCGAAAGCGCCGACUAACUGGGGAUCUGAACCUGCGGUCUGGGGCCUCCCUCUGGGAGAAGGAAGAUGCCGCAAAAGUGCAUGUUGCGGAGGCUCAGUCGAGAUUACAGGAAGAUGAGCCCAAAGAACUGUCCUUAAAUGCAACCCCUGGAUUUUCAAACGACUUCAUAACCAGGCCUCUGGAAGCGGAGGUGACCACCAAUGGAGACUCCUCCAUGGAAAGCGGGGAGGAAAAUGGACAUAGCUUUUUCUCAUACAUCUAUGAGACAGUGGAGGAAAUAACUAACAAACCCACCACCAGAGAGUCCUUUGCUAAAAAGAAGAAGAAAGGGGAAGAGCCGACAGCCCUCCCAACACCAAAACAGGAUGUCUCCACUCAAGAAAAUGGGCUGAUAGAGAGCCAGGACCCCUCCCAAGGUCAAAGAAAUGCUCCUUCUGUCACCAUGCUGGGGAGCACACAAUCAGUGGCCGCAAUCAGCCAGCUAGUGGGAGACGUUCCAGAAGUCAAAGAGCUUCGAGCGCCCAACCGUCAGGAUGCUGAAACUGGCAAACCUCAGCCACAUUCCCUGCCUCCCAAGGGUGAUGUUUCCUUCUCUUUGGCAGAUCUGCCUUUUGGGAAGGGAGCAAAGCAAGCAGUGGAGAAGAAGAAGGCCCAAGCCCCAAAAGAAGCUGAGAAUGGGGCUCAACUGCAUGCUCUGGCAGUAAGCAUUAACUGGCAAAGAGAGAGUCCUCCGCCAGUAUCUGAGGUGCCCCCUGUAGGGACUGCACCAGGUGAGGAGAAGAAAGGCCAACAUGUGCAACGGGAGAGGAAUGAGGCCAGAGAUACAAAGGUAACCAAAAAGGAAAGUGAACCACUCUUGAAUAAGAAAAGAAUGGAGCCUCCUAGCUCCAUGAAGCCAAGUUCAGAGACGUGGCACUCCCUCCCAGCGGGAAGUGCAUCAGGGACUUCUUGCAUCUCGUCGGGCAUAAACAUCCAAGAAACAGACUUGCUGGACUCCGGACAACCGAACCCCACGCAGCCCCUUCAACCUACUACCCCAUCUCUGAACCAAGUGUUCCCGUGUCUGGAUUUGUCCCCGCUGAGACAAGAGGCAGGAGGAAGCUUGCUUCAGGGCUCCUUGGAAGAACAGGUGGUCUUCAAAAAGCCGUGUGAGGCACGGGAGCUGGGAUCGUCCUCUGCCAGCGACCUUCCGAACCACCCAGCGCCGGAGCCCAGGGAGCACACUGAUCCUUGGGCCAGCCAAUCACAAGAGCUCGCCAGAGAGGAGCCCGCCUGCCCGGCGAGCGAGACGGCGCCGCCUGCGCAGCCAAUCCGCCCCAAGCCGCGAAGAAGGGGGCUGCGGAAAUUAAGCCAAGAGAGUCCCCAGAGGCCUCCAGUUGGCUCCCCUGGCCUCACACAGCCCCCAGGGGGAGAGGUGGGAGCCGGGCACUCCCAGAAUUUAACAGGCCAAGAGACCCAGCACAGGCCAACGCCAAGCGACGGGCGUGAGGAGCCAGCUACCGUUGGGCCCGAAUCGAAGGAAGAAAGUCCAGGGCCCGGUGGCAAAGCCCCCUUUCAGCCAGGUGCCUGUCGGAGCGGGGAGGGGGAGGCUGCAAAGAGAGCUCAGCCAUUAACUGCCCAAACAGAGCCCACUGGAAGCUGGCGAGGGGGCGGCUUGUCCCUCUCCGAGGUGGAGGAGAGCCCCGGGGAGCCCUCCCAGGAGACCUCCCAGCAAGCGGCCGCUGUGGAGGAUGGGAUGCCCUGGGUGCCCAAUGAGGCAGCCCCAGUCUCCGCCCCAGGGAGUAAGGAAGAGCCGUGUCCCAUUUCCGUGCCUGGGAGCCCUGAGGCUACGGAGGCACCGGGCUCAGACUCCCCCUCUCCGGGCACAGAAGGCCUUGCUGAGGGGAACCAGUUGGCAGCCCAGCCGCCCGGCGAUGUGGAAAGUGAAAUGGAGACAAGGCAAACAAAGGAAUCUGCCCCAAGCUCGGCUGCCAGGCCCCCCCAUGAGCCGUUCCCAGCCAGCGCCGCAGAGGAGGGCAGGGCCACGCCGACCCCUGAGAACGGGGAGGGAAGUGAGCAGAGAGUGGGGACAGCGGGGAGAAGCAGCAUGGCCGCUACAGCCAAAUCUGAGCUGAAAACGGAGGCGCCGCUAGCUCUGCGGGCAGAAGAGAGCGCUCCGGUCGGGGAGGAGUCCCUGGAGCACAAGGUCCAGCACCGAAACUUAGUGUCCUCCUUGAAGAACUAUUUACUCCUGCUUUUGAACAUGUCCUCGCCGGAGCCGGCUGCGAGUAAGGGCCCCUCAAAGGGAGCAGCCGCGACUGAGGAGACGGGGAGCCCGCCCGCUGGGGAGGAGAACACGCGGCCAGAAGUGGCCAUCGCAGGCCUGAGCCCCAGCACAUCAAGGAAAAUCUUGGAACGGGUGCAAAAUAACCAGCUCUUCCAGAGCGCAGAGAGCCUGUGUCUGAGCCCCCGUACGUCGAGAAGGCUCACGGGUAUGAUUAACCAAGAGUUAGUUUCCAGCAAAGAGGCUCUGGGGAUCAGCCCGCUGGCCUGCAGGACACCGCCAGCCCAGGAGCCAUCUGAAUCCGAAGGCUCCCUGCUGCUGCCUGUCCCUUCUAUCGUGGUGGGGAACGUGGCCCUGGAGAGAACAGGCCGGGCAGACGAAGGGCUUUCCGAUCUGCCCCUCGAGAGCGGCACGAAGGAGAGCUCCAGCGAGGCGGGGGCAGCGUUACCUUGCGCCACGCCGGAGGAGCUGGCCUCCGGGGCGCGACGCAAAAUAUACCUGCCCAGAAGCAAGCAGGCGGAGGAGGCGGACGCUGCCGCCUCGGAGAGCCAAGUGCAUCUGAAGAGGGACAGCCCCAGCGUGUCCCCCCCCCAGUGCAGGAAGAGCCUUGCUGUGUUACCAGCUCCUGCCCCAGCUCUGUCUCCUCCUACGGACCGACCCUCUCCCACCCUCCCCAGAAAGAUGGCGACGCUCGAAGUUCCGAAGGCCUACGAGGAGCCCGCGGAGGACAGCAGUAGGGCCCCCAAAGGCCCUGAGGACCCCAAGCAGGAAGUGCAGGCAGGGGAGUCAAGGAAAACCAACAACCCAUUUAAAGCCCCCCAGCUGAUUCGUAAGAUCCGAGCAGAACAAUUUUCUGAUGCCUCAGGAAACCUGAAACUUUGGUGCCAGUUCUUCAAUAUUUUGAGUGACUCAAAGCUGACGUGGUACAAGGACGAGCUCCCUGUAGCAGAGGCCCGAAGGAGCUCCGGCGACGAGGGGCAGGCAGCCCUGGCCAUUGUGCAGGCGUCCCGGAAGGACUGCGGCGUGUACCAGUGCACCAUCGAGAACGAGUACGGCUCCGACUCCACCGACUUCCUGCUCAGCGCAGAAGUGCUCUCGGGAUUUGUCUCCAGAGAAGAAAUUGAAGUCGGCGAGGAGAUCGAAAUGACCCCCAUGGUGUUCGCCAAGGGCCUGGCCGACUCGGGCUACUGGGGGGACAAGUUCUUUGGGCGCAUCGUGAGCGAGGACAUGGAGGUGGGCGCCGGGUUCGUGCGCAAGGCCUGUCGCGUCAGGGCCAUCUACGGCCUGGAGCCCGUCUUCGAGUCCGGUCGGACCUGCAUCAUCAAAGUGCACAACCUCAUCGUCUUCGGGACCAAGAACGAGAACACCCUCAUCGAGAAGAACUACGACAUCACCAUCCAGGAGUGUAAAAUCCAGAACUCCAGCCGGGAGUACUGCAAGAUCUUUGCGGCUGAAGCCCGGGCCAUCCCAGACUUCGGUGCGGUGCCCGAGAUCCUCCCUCUGUAUCUCAUUUACCGACCCGCCAACACGGUCCCCUACGCCACGCUGGAGGAGGACCUGGCGGGGCCCUUCGAGCGGCACUGCGGGAAGGAGCAGGACGGCAGCCUGGCCGUGCGGAGCGCCUUCCAGCACUGGCUCUACCAGUGGACAAAUGGAAACAUCCUGGUGACAGACAUGGAAGGUGUGGGCUGGAGGAUCACAAAUGUGAGGAUAGCGACAAAGCUGAAGGGGUACCAGGGGCUGAAGGAGAGCUGCUUCCCGGCCCUGCUGGACCACUUUGCUGCUGUCCACCAGUGUAACCGCUACUGUGAGCUCCUGGGCCUGAGGAGUCUGGAGGCCCUGCAGCAGCCAGCCAAACCCAAGGGCUCCAAGAGCCCCUCCCUGGGCAGGAAGGCCCCGUCAGCCCAGUCCAGCCCCCAGCUGCCGAAGAAAGGCCUGGCGAGCCCCCAGGGCACCCGCAAAGGCGCCGUGAGCCCCAAGGCCUCUCGGAAAUCCGCCGAAGCUGGGGAGGCCCCCAGAGAACGGGGCCUGUAA